CGGAAAUGCUCGGCUGACCCGGAGGGUGGUGCUUCGUUCACACUGGCUGUGGUCUUCCGCCCCUGAGGUUUCAGGCUCUUGGCAGUGAAACUAGAAAUCUGGAACUGGGAAUUUGAAAUUUUGUUCACUGAUGGAUUUGCAGUACGGAGAACCGGCUCAUGGAAGGCACUCAUUUCUUCAGUGAAUGAAAGUGGCACAGCAGUCAAUCAGUUGGUUCCAAAGCCCCACUCAGAAAGGCAGGGUUUCGCUCACUGAGGAUAACUGAGUUGUGCAUGAAUGUCAACUCUUAAAGCUAGAAUGAGGCAUUACCCCUCUUCUGUUGGGGUCAGAGUGCAGACCUGAGACCACUGCUCACCGACUUCAGACUCCAGUUUAUCUGUGCCCCGGCUUCCUCACUUAGUCUCAGAAGACUUAGGCUGAGGCCCCAGGAGGAGAUCUCCAUCCUUUGCCAGAGCACAACGAGAUGGCCAUGUCCCAGGAAUCAUUGACCUUCAAGGACGUGUUUGUGGACUUCACCCUGGAGGAGUGGCAGCAACUGGACUCUGCCCAGAAGAACCUCUACAGGGAUGUCAUGCUUGAGAACUACAGCCACCUGGUGUCCGUGGGGUAUCUAGUUGCGAAGCCAGAUGUGAUCUUCAGGUUGGGACCAGGAGAAGAGUCCUGGAUGGCAGAUGGAGGGACCCCGGUACGGACCUGUGCAGGUGAGGACAGGCCAGGUUGCGAACUACGACUCUGCCCCUUCCAGAUUGCAUCCUCCUACCUCUCUCCUGGAUGUAACCUGUAUCCCAAAUUCGGAGAAGUCUGGCAAAUUGACGAGCAGACAGAUCACUACAAGGAAAGCCAAGACAAACUUCUGUGGCAAGCUGCAUUCACAGUCAAGGAAACACUGAAGGAUGAAAGUGAUCAAGAAUGUAAAAUACGUAGAAAAAUCGUUUAUCUCAACACAGACUUUGUUUCUGUGAAACAAAGACUCCCUAACUAUUACUCAUGGGAAAUGUGUUCAAAACAUAAUUUAAACUUUCUUAGUCAAAAUAGAAGCUAUAUAAGAAAGAAAGAUGAUGGAUGUAAGGCAUAUUGGAAAGUAUGCCUCCAUUCUAAUCUUCAUAAAGCUCAACCUGCAGAUAAAUUUUUUGACCCUAAUCAACGAGGGAAAGCCCUCCACCAAAAGCGAGCCCUUAAUAAAAAUCAGAGAAGUCAAACUGGGGAGAAGCUCUACAAAUGUACUGAAUGUGGAAAAGUGUUUAUCCAGAAAGCAAACUUAGUUGUACAUCAAAGAACUCACACCGGAGAGAAACCUUAUGAAUGCUGUGAAUGUGCAAAAGCCUUCAGCCAGAAGUCAACCCUCGUAGCACAUCAGAGAACUCACACAGGGGAGAAGCCCUAUGAAUGCAGUGAAUGUGGAAAAACCUUUAUCCAAAAGUCAACUCUGAUUAAACAUCAACGAACUCAUACAGGAGAGAAACCAUUUGUAUGUAGCAAAUGUCCAAAAGCCUUUAAGAGUUCAUAUCAUCUUAUUAGACAUGAAAAAACACACAUUAGACAAGCAUUUUAUAAAGGUAUUAGAUGUACUAAGUCCGACCUUAUAUAUCAGAGAAUUCACACAAGUAAGAAACCUGAGCGCAGUGAACAUGGGAAAGCCUCUGAUAAGAAGCCCAGUCCCACUAAACAUUGGAGAACUCAUACAAAAGAGAACAUUUAUGAGUGUAGUAAAUGUGGGAAAAGCUUCAGAGGAAAGUCACACCUCUCUGUUCAUCAGAGAAUUCAUACAGGAGAGAAACCCUAUGAAUGUAAUAUAUGUGGGAAGACUUUCAGUGGAAAGUCACACCUCUCUGUCCAUCAUAGAACUCAUACAGGAGAGAAACCUUAUGAAUGCAGAAGAUGUGGGAAAGCCUUUGGGGAGAAGUCAACCCUUAUUGUACAUCAGAGAAUGCAUACAGGAGAGAAACCCUAUAAAUGCAACGAAUGUGGGAAAGCCUUUAGUGAGAAGUCACCACUGAUUAAACAUCAGAGAAUUCAUACAGGAGAGAGACCCUAUGAAUGCACUGACUGUAAAAAAGCCUUCAGUAGGAAGUCAACUCUCAUUAAACAUCAGAGAAUUCAUACAGGAGAAAAACCUUACAAAUGUAGUGAAUGUGGGAAGGCCUUCAGUGUGAAAUCAACUCUCAUCGUGCAUCACAGAACUCAUACAGGAGAGAAACCUUAUGAAUGCAGAGACUGUGGGAAAGCAUUCAGUGGGAAGUCAACUCUCAUUAAACAUCAGAGAAGUCACACAGGAGAUAAAAACCUAUGAUUAUACUUGAGAGUGGGAUAAUUAUACUAGUAGUUAUUUGUCAUUUGACUAUUUCUCAUUAUUUGUCAAAUAAUUAGUCAUGGGGAGUAAUCUUAUAAAUGUCUAGAAUAUUGGAAAUUCUUCAUAUGUUAAUGUUCAUUUAACUUAAUAAAAGGUACAAAAGUAUAAUUCCA